UAUAUAAUUACUUUGUUCAUUAAUUGAAGCCAUGCCUGAAACAUAUCUUCUUCUUCUUCCUCUUCCAAUCCUCUUCUUCCCUCUCCUCCUGCUCUUUCUCAAGCGUUUCAAAGCUUCAUUUCUUUCAAACAAGCCUCAGCUUCCACCAGGCCCAAAGCCAUGGCCAAUUCUAGGCAACAUUCUCCAUAUGGGCAAAAACCCCCACGUAACUCUAGCCAGGUUUGCUCAAACCUAUGGCCCCCUCAUCUCACUAAGACUGGGAACUCAAGUUUUGAUUGUCGGCUCGUCACCCGUCGUUGCUGCCGAAAUUCUCAAGACCCACGAUCGCAUCAUGUCUGCUCGAUACGUUCCUCAAGCGGCGCCAUUUAAGAGUCCAGAACGCAACUACUUGUCGCUUGCCUUUGCUGCUGAAUGCAACGACGCAUGGAAGCAUCUCCGCACGAUAUGCCGAACCGAGCUUUUCUCGGCCAAGGCAUUGCAGUCCCAGGCAUGUUCGACAGAGAAGAAAGUGAUGGAAAUGGUGGAGUAUUUGAAUUCGAUGGAGGGCAUGGUGGUGAAGCUUGAUGAAGUGGUUUUUGCUACUGUUUUUAAUAUGUUAAGCAAUGUUUUGCUGUCCAGAGAUUUUAUGAGAUUGGCGGAAGGGUGCGUGGAUGAAGGGAUUAAAGGUGUAAUCAGAGAACUGAUGGAAGUGGCUUCUGCUCCAAAUUUAUCCGAUUUUUAUCCCAUUUUCGGGCCACUAGAUCUUCAGGGGUUGAAUAAGAAAUCGACGAAGUUGUUCAAGAAACUUCAGGCUAUUUGGGAGCCGAUCAUUCAAGAGAGAAGAGAAAGGAAACAAGGCCAACAAGAUUUCUUGGAUGCUUUAAUUGACGACGGAUUUUCCGAUGAUCAAAUCAACCAAUUACUUGACGAGUUAUUCGGUGCUGGCACAGACACUAGUACCUCAACAAUUGAGUGGGCAAUUACAGAACUAAUAAAAAAUCCAGACUCCAUGAAGAAAGUUCGUGAAGAACUUGCUAGAGAAUUGGGUAAAGAAUUGGCAAAAGAAUCAAAUCUGCCUAAGUUACCAUACCUUCAAGCUUGCGUGAAAGAGACUUUAAGGUUGCACCCUCCCGCACCAUUGUUGCUUCCACGCCGUGCACUUGAGACUUGCCAGGUGAUGAACUAUACCAUUCCUAAAGAUGCUCAAAUAAUUGUAAAUGCUUGGGCAAUUGGACGAGAUCCCAUCAGUUGGAAAGAUCCACUACAAUUUAAGCCAAAUAGGUUCCUCAACUCUACUAUGGAUUUUAGAGGAAACGAUUAUGAGUUCGUACCCUUUGGUGCAGGAAGAAGAAUUUGUCCCGGCCUGCCAAUGGCUGCCAAGGUUGUGCCUUUGGUUGUUUCUUCAUUAAUCCAUUCCUUUGAUUGGCAUCUUCCACUAGGAAAUAAUCCCUUUGAACUCGACAUGAAUGAGAAGUUUGGUCUAACAUUGCAGAAGGAACAACCUUUAUUGCUCAUUCCUACUACCAAAAAGUAAGCAAUGAGGGGUCAGCUUUUCCUUUACAUGUUGUGUUUUAAUUAUAUGUCUCUUUCUAGCUAUCCUUAGCACGUGUUUAGUUAUUGAAAAACAAAAGUAAAAUGUCGUUUAUGAUGUUCAUUUGGGUUGUAUUAAUUUGUAUAUAUAUGAAACUUAUUGGCUUGCUGUUUA